CAUAUUUCUGAGUAACCAAGCAGCUGCACGGAUGAGGACAUUUACUGGAAAUCAGCAGCUGCACUUGGCUUCCCAAACAUUGAACAAGACCGCAGUGCAUUGAACUAUCAUCUUAUGACCAGAAGACACGUUUGUUCAGAGUAGUUCUCUGCCCGUGGAGGUCAACUGUGGGUUUUGCGCGAUGAGGGCGCUGACUUUACAGCAGGUCAGCGUGGCUCCAGGAGAGCAGCAGCAGCAGCAGCAGCCGCCGGCCACAUGUGGACGAAGCUUGUCCUCCAACUAUUCUCCACCGAAUCUGGAGAAUAAGUUCUUGGCUCAGACCACGUUGGUGAUGCCCCAGCCUUGCUCUUCACUCAUAAACUUUGCUGCUCAGCCUUCCUCCUGCCCUGCGCUCCAGCCCUCUAGUCUGUCUUCCACCUCGUCCUCCCUGCUCUCCACCUCUUCCUACGCUGCCUCUCUCACCUCACCCCUCCUCAGCACCCAGAACAAGCUCCUAACUAGUGAUUCACUGCUUCUCUCCUCUUCCCUGACCUCCUCUGUCCCCAAUGCCUCUUUGCUUUCCACAUCCCUGCCCAGCGGUGCUCUGCUCAAUCGCUUUGCUAACGCUCCCUCAUUCCUCCCUCAUGGUCUGGGCGGAGAACAGAAAAAGGUUGAAGGAGUAGACGAAGACGGAGAGGAAAUAUCUGAAGUCAUGCAGUCCUGUUUUGAAGAAACAAGUUUGCAGUGUUCAGAGGAAGAUGAGAGUUGGUCUGAAGAGGAGGAGGAGGAGGUGGAGGCUGAUGCUGGGACAGCAGCGCAAGUACCUUUUCUGGAAACAGAGUCGGGAGACCAGGACCAAACUGUGGCCGUCAUACAGGAGGAUUUUGCAGAGGUUGAAAGAGGAAAUGAACAGGUUGAAGAGGACCUGAAAGAUGCAAAAUAUCUGCUGCUGAACGCUGUGUGCUGCUCCCUGGUUAAUAAGAGCAAAGCUCCAGGCCAGGAGGAGUGGGACAAAGAGGACAGCGUUUGGACCAACAUCAUAAAGCUGGCGAAGGACAUUUCUGCCUGUGACCCGCAGUUUCUUCUGAAGGUGGCACUUUACACUCGACAGGAGUUAAACAUCCGCAUCACAGCCAACUUCUUACUGGCUCUGGCUGCUAACCAGCCCUCCACCAAGCCUCACUUCCGCAGAUACUUCUGUGCUGCCGUACAGCUGCCCUCCGACUGGCUGGAGGUAGUCAGAAUCUACAGCACAUGCUUCAGCCGCUCUCUGCCGAUGUGCCUGAAGAAGGCAAUGGCUGACAAGUUCAAGGACUUCAACGAGUAUCAGCUGGCUAAAUACAACACACGCAAACAGCGCUGCAAACACCCCAACAAGAAGAACAGAGGACAGGAAGUGACCGAUGACCAACUGAAUAAGUGGGCGAACAUGCUCAGAUCAGAAAAAACUAUUCUGAAGAAAUUUUUGCAGGUUGAAGGCAACCAAAAGAAGGUGGACAAGAAGCAGAGCGAGUUCAGCAUAAAGAAGAUGAUCAAGAAGUUCCACAUUAAAGAGCCGGCUGAACACGUGAUGGCCAUUCUGGGGAAAAAGUAUCCUGCUGACCCAAAGGCGUUCACCGUCAGUGGGCUAAAGGGCGACUGGGACCGGGAGAGAGCUGGCCAGCGAAUGAAGCUCAAAGAACCGCAGACGUGGGAACAGCUGCUCAGUCUGGAGGGCAACAAGGCCGCCACCUGGGAGAAGCUCAUAGACAAAAGGUCUCUUCCCUUCAUGGCCAUGCUGAGGAACCUGAGGAACAUGAUCAUCGUGGGCAUCAGCGAGUCUCAUCACAAGAAGAUCCUCAGCAGACUCACCGAUAAGAAAGCAGUUAUUCAGAGCCGGCAGUUUCCUUUCAGGUUCCUCGCUGCCUACAAAGUCAUCAUGGAGCUUCGCGAUGUCGCCUCAACGGCGCAGCAGACGAUGCCUUCAGCUAAAGAGACGCUGAAGGACAUCCUGAAGAAGAUUCCUAAGAGCUGCCGCUUCAGACGUCAGGACUGGGAGACGACGAACAGGAGCAGGCUGAGGGUGACGCUCGGCGUUCCCUCCAUCUACCGAAUGUACAAGAUAAAGAAGGCCCAGCUCCUCAAGGCCAAUCAGAGGUUGUACUCCGUCGAACUGCUGGACCGCUACCGCAAAGCUCUGGAGACGUCAGUUCGGAUCUCCUGUCAGUACAACGUGCCGCCGCUCCCGGGACGAACAGUCAUCCUGCUCACUGCUACCAUGGAGAAUAAUGUGGCCUGGAGCAAGAAACGGGACUUCUGCCUUCCUCCAGAGCCAGAGGAAAAACCCAGUGAGGAGGAGGGAGAGGAGGACGAAGAGAAGUGCAGGAGACACAGGAGGAGGUCUAUAACACUUGAAAAGAACACUCCUUCUACAUUGGAGGUGGGAGCUUUGCUCGCUCUGAUGAUCAAGAACAGUGCCGAGGAUUGCCAGCUCUGCUUAACAAAUUAUAAUGACUGUGAAGAAGUCGAGCUGAAGUCUGAUGUCCUCCUGGAUAAUGUCAGAACUGUGACCAAGCAAGCGAAGGAACUAUAUGACAAAGAUGAGAGUGAUACCACCUACUAUUACAGAACGUUCACCAAGAAAAACAAGGUGGACAACUUCAUCGUAAUAGAUGACAGCAGCAUAACUUCUCACGUAUCUUGGUUUCUCAAGAGCUACAAGAAUGACAUAAACAACAAAGCCCUGGUGGUGAACAUCUUGUUGUCAGAUGAUCGAUACUAUCAUGAAGAGACCCCUGACAGGAACUGUGUGACCCUGAAAGGCUUCAGUGAGCAACUGCUGAGGUUUGUGGUGGAACGAGGGUCUUCCAGGCUGCUGGAUCAUGUCGAACAUUUGGACAAACUGUACAAAAUCCCGCAACCAGCGGGAACUAAAGAACCCGAGGCCACAACCAAUGCCGUCUCAAUACCAGCAAGCCCAAAACUGAGGUGGCGGGGCGUGCGAGUCUUCAUCUCGUCCACCUUCAGGGACAUGCACUCCGAGCGCGACGUCCUGGUGCGGAGCGUCUUCCCGGAGCUCCGCCGGCGCGCUGCACAACACCGGAUCCACCUGCAGGAGGUGGAGCUGCGCUGGGGCGUGACGGAGGAGGAGUCGGAGCGAGCCGCCCAGCUGUGCCUGUCGGAGGUUUGUCGCAGCCAGAUGCUGGUGGGGAUCCUGGGGGAGAGGUACGGCACGGCGCCCCCCAAACCCGACCUUCCGGACCUGCCGCAGUACAGCUGGCUGGCUUCGGCUCCAGAAGGUCUGUCCAUCACAGAGAUGGAGAUCCGUCAGUUUGAGGCGCUUUACCCCAACGUGGCGCACCAGCGAAUGUUCUGCUACUUCAGAGAUCCGAACAUCGUCAAAUCAAUUCCUGUGGCUUGGAGAUCACAUUUUGCUCCUGAGUCAAAGGACGCUGAGUCUAAAAUGGCCUCUCUGAAGAGAAAACUCUUGCAAAGUGAUGUGAAGGUCACUGAAAAUUACUCCUGUGAGUGGGGAGGCGUUGUGGAAGGAAAACCACACCUGAAAAACCUGGAGGACUUUGGCAAAGCUGUGCUGGAGGACCUCUGGAUGGCUGUUGUCAAGCUGUUUGUGGAGGAGGGCGAUGAGGCCGAGGUUGCGUCGGAGGUAUCCGAGCAGGAGGUUCACCAGGGGGCGCUGCAGAGGCAGUUCUUCGGCAGGUCCAAGCUGCUGUCUGGUGCUGUGGCGAUCGUGGAGCGAGCCCAGACCAAGGGAGGGAUGAUGGUGGUGGAGGGAGGACCUGGAGAAGGCAAAACUGUCUUCAUGGCUGCUCUGGCAGACGCCCUCAGGACUGGAGUUAAUUCUAAGAAAAACUUCGUCUGCGAUGUCAUUUCCUACUCUACGGCUGCCAGCCAAUCAGCACGCUCCGCGGAAAACCUUCUCCGAUGCCUCAUUCGGUGGCUGAGAAAGAUGAAAGAUUCAGAGACGGAACCACCUCUUCCCCAUUCAUACAAAGAUUUGCUGUCAGAAUUUCACUCCACAUUGAGCGAUGUGAAGACGGACAAGCCUCUGGUGCUGCUCAUCGAUGGGGUCGAUCUCGUCCAAGAUGGCCGAGGACAGCUGAGCUCUGACUGGAUCCCUCAGCAGCUUCCUCAGGGAGUGUGUUUGGUGAUGAGCAUUGCACCCAAAGCAGCGCUGUUACAAACACUGGCCAAGAAAACGGGAACUGUCCUGUUUACACUGGGACAACUCACCCUGCUGGACCGAAGGGAGAUAGUUCAGAAGGAGCUGGACGCCUUCGGGAAGAAACUCAGUGAUGCUGCAUUCAACAACCAGCUCCAGAUACUCACAAUGAAGAAGGGAGCAGUGAGUCCUCUCUACCUGCAUCUGGCCUGUGAAGACCUCAGGAACUUUGCCUCCUUUGACAAGUUGAAGGAGAACCUGCAGGACUUGCCUCAGUCGCUCAGUCAGUUGGUUCAGUUCAGCCUGGAGAGACUUUGCUCGCAGUACAGAGGCAUGCUGGGACUCCGCUGGGCUCUCUCAGCACUCGCUGUCAGCACCACCGGCCUGAAGGAGAAAGAUUUCUACUCUGUGCUGAACACGUGCAAUGAGCUGUCCUCACUGAACGGACAGAACACAUGGGAGGAGGUGCUGAACCUGUCCAGAAAGCCCAACGGACGCAUUCCAAUGGCAACGUUCACCCGUAUCGUGCAGACUUUGCAAAGUCUGAUUGGUUCGUCUCGUUGCCAUGACACCGACGACUUGCUGGUUUUAACCAAUCCGGAGGUGAAGCGAGGCUUUGAGGAGUUUCUCCUCCCAACAGCGAGAGACAGAACCAGAGCUCACCUCGUACUGGCAGCUCUUCUGUGGACGCUGGCUGAUCCUCAGGGCCAAGACACCUUCCUCCACUGUGAGGCCGACUCUGUCAUGCACCUGCCUGCCAGCCUGAUUCAAAGUGGACAACUGGAGGCUCUCCAUUCUCUGCUCUCCAGCUACUAUUUCCUUUAUGCCAACGUGAGUCACGGCUUCCUGCACCACCUCCUGGAGACGUACAGCUUCUAUGAUAAGGAGAACACCUCCGCAGCCUUGUCUGGCUUCCAGGCUCACUUGGAAGACUGUCGAGGUUUCUUGCGCCGUCACGCCUCCACGUUCUCCUCCUGGCCGGCCCUUUUCAUCCAGCAGGCCUACAGCGAGCAUCCAAGCACGACUGCUCACGGCUGGGCUCGAGAGCUGGUGGGGAAAGGAGGAGCCCGGGUAGUGGAGUGUCUGAACAAGUAUAAUAGAACUGAUGAAGAGAGCAGUGAGCUGGUGUCGACUUUCGCCUCUGAGCCGACGUGCUUGGUUGUGAACUUGGAUGAGCAGCUGAUGGUGGUCGGUACCGGACAGGGCACGCUGCAUUUCAUCCACACAGAGACGGGACAGGAGGUGAAAUCGCUGGAGAGCAGCUGCGACGGCAUCUCGAGCUGCGUCUUUCUGAAGGACAAAGGUCUCGCCACCACCUCGUUUGACGGACGUAUCGAGCUCUGGGACAUUAAGAACGGAUGCAGGACCUCUCUCAUCGAAGGCCACACUAACACCAUAACAGCGAUCGAUAUCACCGCAAACAAGAAGCACCUCGCAACCGUCUCCCUCGACUUCACGCUGAAAGUUUGGAGCGACAAAGUCACAGAAGUGGCCUCUCUGCCCAGCGAAAGCCCUUUGAACUGUGUCACCUUCGACCCUGACGGUCACCUGCUGGCCGCUGGCUGCUGGAACGGAGACGUGCUCGUGUGGAAGUGGCUCAAGAACGAUCCAGUAACGCCUCUGUGCGGUCACAAGCGAUCGGUGCGCAGCGUCUCCUUCUCCCCGUCCUCCUCCUCUUUGCUGUGUUCGGGCUCUGUGUGUGGAGAGGUGAGGGUUUGGUCGCUGCCCACCUCCACCUGUGUGGGAUGUUUCCAGGCUCACCUGGGAGCCACCGAGGCCCUCACCUUCCUGGAUGAAGGAUCCAUGCUUCUGACCGCUGGCUCCGAUCACACGCUCCAGCUCUGGUCAGGUGGACUUGGAUGUUCAGUCACUACAUUAAAAGAUGAUGAAUACGAGCGGGAGCCUCCUCAGAAGAAACGGAAGCCUGCAUUGCCUGAGGCUGCCGCUACGUGUGUGGCUGUGAACGGAGACUUCGCCGCUGUAGCGUAUCGCCGCAAAGGCGUCAAACUCUUCAGUCUUGUCACAGAUGACUUCACCGUUGCGCUGUGGUUGCUGAGCGAUAAGGCUGAUGACAUCACAUCGGGCCCUCAUGCAUGGCUGAGGGGCCACACUGGAGGAGUCACCUGCUUGGCCUUCAGUCCCGACGGUGAAAAGCUGCUGUCUGGUGGAAAAGAUCAGGCUCUGAUGGUUUGGGACGUCACUGCAUCGCCUCCUGCUCUGUCCAAGUCGCUCCCUCACUCUCAUGGAGACUGGAUCACCGGCUGCGUCUGGACUCCAAAAUGCACGAUAAGCUCCUCAAACGAUGGGAGACUUUGUUUGUGGGACCUUGAGGCAGGUCAGUGUCUCAAAGAAAUCUCCUGGAAGAGUCCACUCUCGUCUGUCUGCGGUCUGGAGCAGUAUGUGGUGGCCGGCUGUGCAGACGGAGCUCUGCACGUUUGGAACUGGGAGACAAGCAUGGAAGUCUGCCACAUCGCUGCCCACAAGAAACGCAUCCACCACUGCUCCCUCCGCCCGACCCCAGGCAAGGACAAAGACGCCAAGCCAGAGGACAUGACCGUGUUCACAGCGUCUGAUGAUGGAACAGUGCAGCUCUGGAAACCCUUUCAGGUUGAACACUUCAGCACCUUCCAGGGUCACAGCGGUGCCAUUCACAGAGUCGUUCCCAAGGGAGAUGAAGAAUUCCUGUCAGUUUCUGAAGACUGCUCACUGCGAUGCUGGUCGUGGGCUACAGAGAGUCCACCGAGCCAGAGAGGCGCCGUCACAGCUUUGUGCGUCUCUCAGGACGACGACGUGGUUCUGGCUGGCUAUGAGUCGGGUUUGCUGGAGCUGUGGCAGAACUACGCGGUGAUCGGCCACAAGCAGCCGUCCAACAGCCCCAUCACAGCCGUCUGCUCGAUGCCCGACCACCAGUUCGCCGUCAGCUACCUGAAGUCUUUGUCUGUGGACGUGUGGAAGCUGGUGUGGAGUAAACAACUAGGCACAGCCAGUCUGGUGAAGACGUCGACCCUCAAAGUGUCGGAGCCGGUGGUUCGGCUCAUCUACUGCUCAACGCUGAUCUGUAUUUCCCACAAUGGAGUCAUAAAGGACCCGUCAUGUCAAGUCACUUGGAGGGGUGAAGUCAACAAUUGGAGCAGUCAAGUCCUCAUUCGGGGGUUUGUUCGUAACGACGACAAAAGUUGUUGGCUGGUGGGCGCACAAGGGAGCGACGUAACCAUCGGCUUCUUUUUUGUCAUGGGCCCCGGUACUCUUGAAUAUUCAAGCUUCUGCUCACUGGUCUUGAAGCACGAGGGGGAGGAGGAGGAGGAGGAGGAGGAGACGAAGAAGAAAAAGAAAAAGGGAAGCCUGGUGACGGCCGCAACUGUGGACAACGACUUUGUGGUGUGUGGAGACGUGAAGGGCAACAUGUGGUUCAAUCAGCCUCCACAGCUUUUGUCCUGGAGCGACAUGAAGCUGGCUCACAGCGAGAGGAUCACUGAGCUGAGAGUCACCAAAACCACCAUCAUCUCGGCCUCCUACGACCGGACGGUGAAGCUGUGGGACAGAAACACUAAGAAACAGGUGGGAAUGUUUGUUUGUGGAGGUCCGGUUCUGAGUUUGGAGGUGAAUCCAAGAAACCCCACUGAGCUGAUCUGCGCUGACGGAGAAGGAAAAGUCUACUUUCUCUCCUGGAAAGAAUAACCCUCUCCAUGUUAUGCACUUCAAUUAUCAAGAUUUAAGAAUCGCACUUAAACGCUGCACUAACCAAAGAUUGUCUGGGAUGUUCUCUUUUUCUUUGCUUCAAAUACACGCAAUGUGCAAUAAAUUGUCUGAAAAAGAAGAAGCUGAAAUAUUUACAGAGAUGAGUGUUUAUGUAAUAACACUCCGCUUUAUGUUUACACGUGCCUUUGAUUUAGAUUAGUAACAAGCAAGUCUAGAAAAUAAGGAGACUUGAAUAUAUGAUCAGUUAAAGUUUGUAUGUGCUGGAUUUAUUAAUGAGCUCUUUAAUGAUUGUGAUGAGUGAAAAGAAGAAUAUGGAACACUAGAAUGGGUUUGGAAAACACUAUAUUCGCCUUUUUUUUCUUGCAUUAAAUGCUGUUCAAAUCA